UCUCCAUGCAACCGUAUAAGCAAGCAAACCCUAUACUGAAAUUCUACUCAUUCCACUUCUAAAUACUAACCAGUUUGAUUGGUUGUAGGUUUUGUUUUGUUUUGUGACUCUUAUAAAGGAAAUAAACUAUUUAAUUUGAGGAGGUUUUGAGUAUUUGUAAUGUCAGUUCCCGCUAUUUUUAAUGCAGAUGUCUCAACUUUAGUUAUUCGUCUAAAAUUAAUUGCUUCCAAGUUACUCCGAACACACCAGCUUCUACUAUGAGUGUGGGUAUGAACGGACCAAGUACCAAACGCCGAGGAACUGGUGGAUCUAUGGUCAACCAGAGUGGUCCCAGCAGCUUGUCUUCCCAAGCUAGUAACGCCAGCUCUACUGGCUCCGUAUCUGUCCCUGUAUCAGCUGACUUGGCAUCGUUGUUUGAGUGCCCUGUCUGUUUUGACUACGUGUUGCCCCCAAUUCUACAAUGCCAGAGUGGGCACUUGGUUUGCAGCAACUGUCGACCAAAGCUGACUUGUUGCCCAACUUGCAGGGGUCCUCUCGGUAACAUAAGGAAUCUGGCAAUGGAGAAGGUAGCUAGCACUGUGCUGUUCCCUUGCAAGUAUUCAACAUCAGGGUGCACCAUGUCGUUGUUGCACACUCUGAAAGCAGAACACGAGGAAAUCUGCGAAUACAGACCAUACUCGUGCCCUUGCCCAGGUGCUAGUUGCAAGUGGCAGGGUGCCCUCGAGCAAGUGAUGCCCCACCUCAUGAUGUCACAUAAGUCCAUCACGACCCUCCAAGGUCCCAUGGGGGAAAUGGGAGUUCAGCCUGCAAUGACUGUAACCAGUGGAGAGGACAUCGUGUUUCUGGCUACAGACAUCAACUUGCCUGGAGCUGUAGAUUGGGUUAUGAUGCAGUCAUGCUUCGGGCAUAAUUUCAUGUUGGUUCUGGAGAAGCAGGAGAAGUACGAUGGCCACCAACAGUUCUUUGCCAUAGUCCAGCUCAUUGGGUCCAGAAAGCAAGCAGAGAAUUUUGCCUACAGGCUUGAACUGAACGGCCAUCGCAGGCGACUUACUUGGGAGGCCACUCCCAGAAGCAUCCAUGAAGGUGUGUCCUCUGCCAUUUUGAACUCGGACUGUCUCGUGUUUGAUACCACCAUUGCCCAGCUCUUCGCUGAUACCGGAAACCUCGGCAUCAAUGUCACAAUUUCAAUGGUUUAAGCAAAAAGCACUUAACCGAUAUCAUUUAAAUACACAAAUGUGUUUUGAGUUUUUAUUUUGUUUUGUUCUGGAUACUUAAUUCUGUGAUUUGGGCUAAACAGCGACCUUGUUAUCUAAGUACAUUAUAGACUAUGCUGCAAAGCCUUUAAAUGUAUGUUUUCACUAUUCAGAUUUAUGUUUUGUAUUUUUAAGUUGUUGACAACAUGAUUACCAUGAUACCAUUAUAAAGCAUUGCAGGUUAAUAGAUAAGUUAUAUCAACACCAUCUCCUACUUGCAAAUCAUUAUAAUUUGUUACAAAAAAGCUCCAUCAGUAUUAUAUUCAGUGUGGAAACAACCAUCUGUACACAGUAGUAUUGAGUAACCAAUUAAGCUAGACUGUUUGUCAUACAUUAAAUUAACUAUUUUUCACUUAAUAGAUUUAAGAGAAAUGCUAUAACCAAGUGGAAUUCUAGAAUAUAUUUGUAUAAGAUAUUUUAGGAGAUGGGUUGUAUUUUGAAAAUAUAAAUUCUACCAUAGUCCAAGUGGUGUAUCAUUUAUAAAAUAAAUAUGGGGUUAUUACUUCACAGGGAGUUUUGCACUUUUUUUACUAGUAUUAUUAUAUUACUAUUCUUGGUUUUGUUGUCUAUUGUCCUUUUUUGUUCUUUUGUUUUUCUCACAUUACAGAGUUUGUGCUGUAAAGGAACUGAAUUUUUAACAAAUAUUACAACAUUAUGCUAAUUAAAUUUAACCAUAUGUAUUAAAAAUAUUCAUAACAUAACAGUUUCAUGUUUAGACCUUACUUAAUAAACUACAGACGUUUAAAUACCAAAUCAAGUCCAAAGUGCUAACUACAAUAUUAUAAACAUGUUUAUUUUAUUGGGACUGAAAUACAUUGAUACCUGCUUAAUUAUGUUUAGUAUUGAUACUAUUUGUAGCAUAACAAUGUAUAAUUUUUGUUAUAUUCAUAAAAUUAUGUAAAAAAGUAAUUUAGACCAUGUUGUAAAAAAAUUGAGAUAGCUAAUGAAAAUAUUUUAACAGUGGUGUUGUUUUAUAUAUGUGAACGCGGUAAUGAAAUUUUGAUUAUGCUAGAUUUUUGAACACAGUUAGCUUGAUAGAUGUAAUUCUCCUUUAGUUUGAGUUUUUAGUUUUACCUUCCAGUUGUCAAUGAUAACUUUGACACCAAUAAUUUUUCUCAUUAUAAUGUAGUUACCAUCCAAUGUUUCCACCAUUAAUUGGAAUAAAGGAGAAAUUAUAUUUUA